AGACAUAAACACAACAAACCUUCCUUUGUUUGCAUCAGGGGGAAAGUCAAACAAUAAUAGUUGUUAUCAUUAGUGUCUUCAAAUCAAGUGAUAAAAUAAUUGUAGUUCAUUGUUGUUUACCUUUUUGGAAAUGGCUGAAGCUCCAGAAAGUGAACCUCCAUGUGAGCCAUUGCCAUCAUCAAGCCAUGAAUUAGUUGCGGCAGAAGUAACGGAAGACGAAGGUCCAUUGCCUAAGAGACGUAGAAUGCUAGAGGCUGAUGCCAGUGAGAGACUCGAGUACAGGCUCGGUGGCAUUUUGUGCUGCGCAGUUUGCCUCGAUCUGCCCCAAUCGGCUGUAUACCAGUGCAUAAAUGGACACCUGAUGUGUGUCGCUUGCUUCACUCACUUACUGGCAGAUGCCCGUCUCCGUGAGGAGUCUGCUACAUGUCCCAACUGUCGUGUCGAAAUAUCCAAGACGUCAGCCUCCAGGAACUUGGCUGUCGAGAAGACAGUCUCCGAACUGCCAUUGGAGUGCAAGUACUGCACUAGCGUGUUCCCGCGACAUUCGCUACCUAACCACGAGGAGAAUCAAUGUGAAGAGAGGAGUUACAAGUUCUCGCAAUUGGUUGUGUCGCACGCGGUGAAGCGGCGCUACCUCGAUAGUUUGGUUCGCAUUGUCGCCGGCGUGUACUCGCUCCUAGUGUCGGCGCUGCGCAGUACGCACUGUGGCCGCGCCAGGCGCCCCGCCCGACGAAGGUUGACGAGCUGCCGCUUCGCCUGCAUCGGGUGUCCGUGGAGAGGGCCGGCCCACGAGGGCGGCGCCCACGAGGCCGCCUGCGCGCACCCCAACAAGUCGGCCGCCGAGGUGCUGGAGGUCAUCGCGGAGCGGGAGCGACUGAGCCACGAGACCAUGGCCGUCUACAAUCAAGUAAUGGAUCUGCUCUCGUAUGAGAAGAUCACCUUCACUGACCUGCAGCUGAAGCCGUACCGCCUGGACGAGUUCGUGCACAAGAUGUACUACGAGUCGUCGCGCUUCACGGCCUUCUCGCACCAGUGGCUCGUCAAGGCCUUCGUCAACAGAAACCAGCAGGACCCCACCCAGAGCUCCGAGCGCGAGAUCACCUACCAGCUGAUAAUGAAGAGCAAGCCGAUGGGCACGUGCACGGUGCAGUGGGUGGUGGUGUCGGGGCCGCUGGGGGAGGCGCGGCUGGCGGCCCGCCUGGCGCACCACGCCUUCUCCGAGCUGCAGCCUGACGCGCCGCCCGCGGUGCUGCCCCUGGUCCGCAGGAGCGACGCCAACAGGCUGCUGGCCAACAAGGCGCUGCACUUUAGGUUAAUAAUGUUCCUGUGCACAAAAUGAGCCCGUGCGUACCGGCCGCGCUCUCUACUGUGGACUCUACUGUCGCCUCACUGGAAGAUAACUACAGCUCCUGAACAUAAAACUAAAAUUUGAUAUUAAUAUUGUAAUAUAGUUUAGCCGACACCGCUACAUGCCCUUGUCAUGCUUCUACUAAACAAACUUUAUCGAUAAACAUACACGUGUAUAUAUUUGCGACGUCGGUUCGUUUCGUUGGUUCAGAUCAGUGUGCUUAGUGCGAGUUUUUUAACGUUCACGAUAGCGUAAAAGUUAGCUCAUAUUUGUAUGGAAUGGGAUCGUUUGCCUACGUUUGCCGCUAGGGGCGCUGUUCCAACUGCAUACAAAAUUGGGUUAACUUUUACGUUAUCGAGAACGUUAAAAAACUCGCACUAAGCACACAGUUGUGCGCCGUCUGUCGGUAUGGCUCAAUUUGAUACGCUUUCAGAAGGGUUGUUAUUGUAAAGGCGAUUGCGAACUUAAAAAAUAUAAUCUCAUUCCAAAUUAUGUAUAUACUAAAGUUAGAAUUAAAAAUUAUAUUUAUUAACUAAAUGAAAAAAAAUAUACUAUAUUUUAAUACACCGGGUGCCCGUCGGAGCCUGUCGCCGGGGACAUCUCGCGACUUUGUGUAAACAAAUAUUGUGAUAAAGUGAUAAAAUUUAAUAUGUUUCAAAUAUUAAAAGGAAAGAAAUUUAUCAUCAUCAUUAUAUAUAUACAUUUAGAAGUUUUGUUCGUUUUUUUUUGUUUUACAAAAUAUUAUUACUUAUAAAUAAAAAUUGAAGGAUUUGGAUUUGAUUCUUUAUUAAAUAUUUAUUUGUAGUAAAGUACAAUUUAAAUAAGAUUUCUUUACUUUCUAAAUAAUUCUAUAGUUACCGGUCUUAUUGGCGACUGUUCAUGUAUUCUGAGAUGAAACUUCGAUGUAUGAAUGUUAUAUAUUGUGUGUCCCCAAACAUUUCUUGCGAGUGCGCAAUGUUGACGUUAUUAUUGUACGUUCGGUAGUGUGCGGGGGCGCGGUCGCCCAGGGACCGCUGCCCUUGUACACUUCGCUUAAGGCAUCCUCACUGGUGGUAGAGCGAAUUGAGGAUCUCCCAUGUGUGGGCGCGACCGCACGAGACAGCCGAGCUCUCCGGCCUCAAGGGCGACCGACCGACUCCGACCUCAUGUCUCAAGUCGGAUGCAUUCACGUCGUGAUGACCUCGGGUAACCACAUCAAUGAAAUUAAAAACUGAAUAUUUAUAUAUUGACGUUGAUGUUGAUAUGUGAUAAUGUAUUUCUAAUAAUCUAAUUCUAUGGAGUUAAAAGAUGUUCAUUGGUGUCCACAUUCUGAGCAUGAACUGAUGCGAACAUCAAAUAUCGUGGCGAUGAGUUGCCUCCAUAGGCCCCUCUUUCGCUGGUCAUUCCGCGAAGCAGCCGUAGAGUCGGGGACCAGCUCCGCGAUACUGUAUGGGUCCACCACAAGUCUCCUCAUAUCGAGGUUCAGAAGUCGGUCCCCGGAAUGGAUCCGAGUGCCAGGGUUAGUUCCGCUGCUCGAAGUUUGUGUGGACUGAGCGCGGCAGUAAGUGUGCUGCGUAUAUAAUAUUUUCAAAUAGACAGAGGACGCGUAUUUAAAGUUAUUGUGAUUUUUAUUUUAGCCAUUGUGUGUACUUUUUUUAAAAAUGAAACUUAUUUGAUUAUUAUUUUAAAAUAUGAAGAUAUUAAUUAACAUAAUUGUGAUUUAAUUUUAGUCAUUGUAUGUUUAUUUUUUUAUUGUAUAUUUAGUGUUAUUUUUAAUAAUUGCAUAUAAUUAGUCAGGUCGUAGGUUCUGUUACAACCACGUCAAUGAAUAACACGUGUGAUCGCCUUAAAAGAAAAAAUAAGUUAAGGUUUUUUUUAACUUUUAGUCGAGCGCUACGCGACAAGCUCGUGGCGGAACCCGGGACUCGACUGAGCAUAUUUUAAAAUUGAUAUUUUAUUAUUUUGAGAUUUCGAAUAAAAUUAUUUGUUUAACA